AAUUAAAUGCACUAAAUUGUAAUGAUGGUUGCGUGUGGUUUUGCUUGAGUGUAGCGUAGUUGGGUGACUCAAAAUGUGGGUCAUUCUGAACAUCUCCAUCUAUCUGAUUUUUAAUUUUAUUAUGUCAGCUUCAAUACUCGGAUCAAACACCUGUCAGCUCCAGGGACACUUCAGAUUGAAUGAAAUGUACCAUGAUGGAGAUGUUAUACUUGGCGGCCUGUUUGAGGUUGACUUCCUCACAGUGUUCCCAGAUCUGGACUUCAAAACAGAGCCAGAACCACCAUACUGUGUGCAAUUUGACAUGGAAAGCUUCCAGCAGGCUCAAACCAUGGCUUUUGCAAUUGAUGAAAUCAAUAAAAAUCCAAAUCUUCUGCCAAACAUCACUCUUGGUUACCAUCUAUUUGACAACUGUGUGAUGCUAGGAAUGGCAUUUCGGGCUGCCAUAUCCAUGGCUAGUGGAACAGAAGAGUUCUUCAAUAACAUCAACUGCACUGGCCCACCCCCAGUGAUUGGAAUCGUUAGUCACUAUGCCACCUGCUCCUGUUUGAGUGACAGAAAAAAGUACCCCUCUUUCUUCAGAACGAUUCCCAGUGAUGCCUUCCAGGUCCGUGCUAUGGUUCAGAUCUUGAAAUAUUUUAGAUGGACUUGGGUUGGUCUCAUUUACAGUGAUGAUGACUAUGGAGUUUAUGCGGCUCAGUCCUUCCAGCAAGAAAUGCAGCUGUUUGGAGGUUGUGUUGCUUUUUCUGAAGUUUUACCCCAUGAUAACAACCUCGAAGAUAUUAAGCACAUAACCAAAAUGAUUCAGGCCUCUACAGCUAGAGUGAUAGUUGUUUUUUCCACUCCUUCCUUUUUGAUACCUUUGAUUGAUGAGUUGGUGUUGCAGAACAUGACAGACAGGCAGUGGAUUGCAAGUGAAGCUUGGGCUACCUCUUUUGUACAUCACAGUCCACGUUUACUGCCCUUUCUGAAGGGCACACUUGGCAUUGCUAUUAGGCGUGGGGAGAUUCAGGGACUUUAUGAAUUUCUGCUACGUCUCCAACCUACAAAUGAUCCAAAAAACAAUAUGAUCAGAAUAUUCUGGGAAAUCAUGUUUGGGUGCAAUUUUGAAACUGGGGGUAAAAAGAAUAGUGGAGAUCAAGUCAUAAAUAUAUGUACAGGACAGGAGGAUCUGAGAACCACAAAAACACCAUACACAGAGGUUUCAGAGCUACGAGCGUCUUACAAUGUCUAUAAGGCAGUUUAUGCCCUGGCACAUGCGCUUAAUGACUUGAUGCAGUGUGAGGACGGAAGAGGACCAUUCAGUGUAAACAGCUGUGCUGACAUAACAAAUUUAAAACCCUGGCAGCUGGUUCAUUACCUACAGAAUGUCAACUUUACCACAGACUUUGGGGAUCAUGUGUCAUUUGACAAGAAUGGAGAUGCUUUGGCCAUCUAUGAUGUCCUGAACUGGCAGCCGAGCUCUGACGGCUCAAUAAGGGCCCAAACAGUUGGUGUAGUAAAUGAAGAGGUUGCAACAGGGAUGGUGCUUACACUGGAUGAGGAUGCAUUAUAUUGGAACUUUGAGUCAAAAAAACCCCCAAGUUCUGUGUGCAGUGAGAGCUGUGCACCAGGCACUAGGCUUGCCACGAUUAAGGGCUUGCCGGUUUGCUGUUUUGACUGCCUCCCAUGUGGAGAUGGUGAGAUUUCAAAUAUAACAGGUGCAGUUGAAUGCACAAUGUGUCCAGAUGAGUUUUGGUCUAAUUUAGAUAAGGACCAAUGCAUUCCCAAAGAAGUAGAGUUUCUGUCCUAUGAGGAUCCUCUGGGCAUCUCUCUGACCACUGCUUCCCUCCUUGGCACCUGCUUCUGUGUUCUUGUGAUGUUUGUAUUUGCUGUUCAUCGUAAUACGCCUAUAGUAAGGGCCAACAAUUCAGAGCUCAGUUUCCUGCUGCUUUUGUCACUAAAAAUGUGUUUCCUGUGUGCGCUGCUGUUUAUUGGCCAGCCCCAGUUAUGGACGUGUCAGUUAAGACAUGUUGUGUUUGGCAUAAGCUUUGUCCUAUGCAUUUCCAGCAUUCUGGUCAAGACUAUGGUGGUAAUAGCUGUAUUCAAGUCAUCUCGACCAGAGAGCAAAGGUGCUAUGAAAUGGUUUGGAGCAGUUCAACAAAGAUGCACAGUUCUGGUAUUGACAGCAAUACAGGUUGUGAUAUGUGCAGUCUGGCUAUCAACUGCCUCACCCGCACCCCAUAAAAACAACCAAUAUAUCCGCUCUAAAAUAGUUUACGAAUGUGCCAUUGGCUCAGUGGCUGGUUUUUCAAUGUUAUUAGCAUACAUUGGACUUUUGGCAGCAGUAAGCUUUCUUUUAGCCUUCCUAGCAAGAAAUCUUCCAGAUAAUUUUAAUGAAGCUAAGUUUAUUACUUUUAGCAUGUUGAUCUUCUGUGCUGUAUGGAUUGCAUUUGUUCCAGCAUAUGUGAGCUCUCCAGGAAAAUACGCAGUGGCUGUGGAAAUAUUUGCCAUUUUAGCUUCCAGUUUUGGAUUACUGCUGGCCAUAUUUGCCCCUAAGUGCUACAUCAUCCUUUUACAUCCAGAGAGAAACACUAAAAAGGCAAUUAUGGGAAAAGAAGCACAAAAUACAUAGUUUUGAAUUGCUAUGGUGUGAAAUUGCUUAAUCGUAUUGACACAUCCCUAUCAUUUUUUGUUUAAUCUUACUAAAAUAAGCACAAUGCAAAAACGAGUUUCAAAAAUGUUUCAGCUGAUUUACACACAUAUAUAAAAAGAUCAGAUUCUUUAAGCCAAUUUUCAUUAUAGUAAGGGUGUGUUCAUGCAUGAAUAAAUCAAUAUUUAUCUACAAUUUUUUUUGUUAACACUUGAUACCAAUUACUACAUGUGUGAAAAUAAAAUGUAUAAAUAAUUUAAAUAUUCUGAAUGUUCUCAGAAACCACCAACUACUCUUAAGUAACUGGUUUAUAAAUAACGCACCACUUGAUUUAGUAGUAAAAAUAUUGAUGACAAAGUAUGACAAUACAAUCAUUAAUCAUGUCCUUGUAAGUCAAGAAUAUAGCAUCUAUAUCUGUAGUUUUAAACCACUUACUAACAUAUCAAUGUGGAAUCAAUGCUUAGGAAAUUAUGAAUAAACUAUUUGCUAAUGCCUAAUAAAUAUGUCAUAGUUAUUAGUCUUUUUAAAGUUUUUUCAAACUAUAUUUUUGUUAUACUUAGAAGGAGAGAGUGAGCGACAAUGUGUGCUGCUGAUAUGUUUAUAUACCAUCACCACCACUAUAUUUGGUUACUGUUAUUCUAUUUAAAUCGUCAUAAAUGCUGUCAUUUUUCAAUUCAAUUUCAGUUGAAUUAAUGUUUACUUCUACAUAUGUUUUUGCAAUGUAGAUUGUGACAAAACAGCUUAAUAUAGAUGAAGUUCUAGUAAAUAAAAACUGCUUCAGUUCAGUUGUCAGUUAAAGUUGAGUUUAGUUCAGUAUAAUGUAAAUGUAUGCUGAAAUCUGAAACACUGAAGAACAACUCCAUCAACGCACAGCUCCACUAGUCCCAAACCAAGCAAGACAGUGGUGAGGACCAAACUUUACCAACUGAUAUAAGUGAAAGAAAAAAAAAACAAACAAGAAAAUACAGGCUCAUGACCAUUACUUUUCUGGUCAUACGUCUUGUACAGUGCUGCAAAGAAGGUGCCAGAGGGUAUGAAUGUAGAUUCCGUUCAAAUUAUAAUAACUUUUAUUGUAAUUAUUUCAUUUUAUUUACACAUGCAAGUAUGGAUUGUUUAUAUAUAUAGUAUAUUAAUAAUAUUAUUAAUAUUAGGUGGAUAAAAAAACAACUAUAUGUCACCGUUUGCUACAUAAGCAGCAAUACUUUGAACAGGUUAACUCAUUCAUCUAUAAGUAAGUUUACAUGAACCAUCUUAUGUUUAAUAUUGCUAUUAAACUUUUUCUCAUGUUGACCUAAA